GUUCUAACAUGUGACAGUCAUAGAACAGGAAAACGAGAAUCGUUGGUUAAUGGUGUUAUUGGUCCCCUUCUCUUUCUUUCAGGUCUUACUCUUAUUGUUCCUACUGGUUUUGCUUCGCUCUCUGCCGAUCCCGUAGGGGAAAAACAAAACCUUUCCUAAAUCUCCCAACGCUUUCUCGAGGAACUUCGAUAUGGAGACGAGUAGAGGCACCAGAUCUACGACGACCAAGCAGAAGGCUGACUUGGUAUCAGUUCUUAGGAAAUCAUGGUACCAUUUAAGGUUGUCCGUCAGAGACCCAUCCAGGGUUCCGACCUGGGAUGCCAUUGUGCUCACCGCGGCUAGUCCCGAGCAAGCCGAGCUGUACAAUUGGCAGCUCAACUGGGCAAAGCGGAUGGGUCGGAUUGCGGAGUCCACAAUCACUCUCGCGGUGCCUGACCCGGAUGGGCGGCGGAUAGGGUCUGGAGCCGCGACCCUUAAUGCCAUUUAUGCCCUCCUCAAGCAUUACCAGAACCUUGGGGGGGAUCUUAGCACAGAGGUGUCAAAUAUGAAUAAUAAUGAUGCUGGAUCUGUUGAGCUGCAUGGGAAUUCUCUUAAGCAAAUAGCCAAUUUCAUAGCCAAAAGGCACGUACUAUUGCUUCAUGCUGGAGGUGAUUCUAAAAGGGUGCCAUGGGCAAACCCAAUGGGAAAAGUUUUCUUGCCUCUUCCGUAUUUGGCAGCAGAUGAUCCAGAUGGGCCAGUUCCAUUGCUUUUUGACCAUAUACUUGCCAUUGCUUCUUGUGCAAGGCAAUCUUUUGGAAAUGAAGGUGGAAUGUUGACCAUGACUGGUGAUGUCCUUCCAUGUUUUGAUGCAUCCAUGUUGACACUUCCUGAGGACAGUUCUUGCAUUGUCACUGUUCCAAUUACCCUUGAUGUUGCUUCAAACCAUGGUGUAGUUGUUGCCGCUCAAACUGAAAUUCCAGCUCAAAGCUAUGCAGUCAGUUUGGUUGAUAAUCUCCUUCAGAAACCUACCAUAGAGGAGCUAGCUAAAAGUAAAGCAAUUCUAGGUGAUGGUAGAACACUUCUUGAUACUGGAAUAAUAGCAGUUAAAGGCAAGGCAUGGUUGGAGCUUGUUACACUUGCAUGUUCCUGUCCAGAGAUGAUUAAAGAGCUUCUGAAGAGCAAAAAGGAGAUGAGUUUAUAUGAAGACCUGGUUGCUGCAUGGGUACCCGCAAAGCAUGAGUGGUUGAGGAAGCGUCCCCUUGGAGAAGAAUUAGUUGGCAAGUUGGGAAAGCAAAAGAUGUUCAGCUAUUGUGCCUAUGACUUGUUGUUUUUGCAUUUUGGGACCUCAAGUGAAGUCUUAGAUCAUCUAAGUGGGGUUAGUUCAGAACUUGUCGGUCACAGACACUUGUGUUCUAUUCCAGCAACCACAGCAUGUGACAUUACAGCAUCAGCUAUUAUUCUUUCUAGUAAAAUUGCGCCUGGCAUCUCAAUUGGAGAAGAUUCUCUGGUUUAUGAUUCAUCCAUUGCUGGUGGAAUUCAAAUUGGUUCCCUUUGUAUUGUUGUUGGAGUCAAUAUCUCACUUGAUGACUACACUAAAGUAGAAGAUUCAUUUAAAUUUAUGCUUCCAGAUCGGCAUUGUCUCUGGGAGGUUCCCCUGGUUGGAAGUGGUGAAAGAGUCCUGGUAUAUUGUGGCCUUCAUGAUAACCCCAAAAGUUUACUUUCUAGAGAUGGUACUUUUUGUGGGAAACCUUGGAAGAAGGUUUUACAAGAUUUAGGUAUUAAAGAAAGUGAUUUAUGGACCUCCUCAAGAACUGAGGAUAACUGUUUAUGGAACUCAAAAAUAUUCCCUAUACUUCCCUAUCCUGAGAUGCUCAAGGUUGCAAUGUGGUUAAUGGGUCUAGUUAACCAAAAAACUGAGCAAAUGUUUUCUUUAUGGAAAUCAUCCUGUCGCAUCAGUCUGGAGGAAUUGCAUAGAUCAAUUGAUUUCUCAAGGAUGUGCACUGGUUCUAGUAAUCACCAAGCUGAUCUGGCUGCAGGAAUUGCAAAAGCUUGCAUUAGUUAUGGAAUGCUUGGCCGUAAUUUGUCUCAAUUAUGUGAUGAAGUUCUUCAAAAGGAGGAAUCGGGCAUCGAAAUAUGCAAGGAUUUCCUAGCCAUGUGUCCAAAGGUUCAGGAGCAGAACUUUAAUGUGCUUCCCAAAAGCCGGGCUUACCAGGUUCAAGUUGAUCUUCUUAGAGCUUGCAAUGAUGGAAUGACAGCAUGCAAGUUGGAGCACAACGUUUGGGCAGCGGUGGCUGAUGAAACUGCUUCAGCUGUAAGAUAUGGAUUUAAAGAACAUUUGUCAGAGUCUUCUGGCGCCAUCUCCUGUCAGGAAUACCAGAAUAACAAUCAUGAUGCCCGUAAGUUUUUCCAUCCUAGAAGAGUACAAGUAGAGUUACCAGUUCGGGUAGACUUUGUUGGUGGUUGGAGUGAUACCCCACCUUGGAGCAUAGAGCGUGCUGGAUGUGUCCUGAACAUGGCAAUAAGCUUGGAAGGUUCUCUUCCAAUUGGCACUACCAUAGAAACAACUGAAACAACAGGAGUAUUAAUUGCUGAUGAUGCUGAGAACCAGUUAUAUAUUGAAGAUUUUACAUCUAUUUCUGCACCAUUCGACAAAGAUGAUUCAUUUCGGCUAGUGAAAUCUGCAUUACUAGUAACUGGCAUUGUUCAUGAUAAGAUUCUUGCUGAUAUGGGCUUGCGAAUCAAGACAUGGGCCAAUGUUCCCCGUGGUAGUGGAUUGGGUACUUCAAGUAUCUUAGCUGCUGCAGUUGUGAAAGGUCUUCUUCAGAUAAUUGAUGGGGAUGGGAGCACUGAGAAUGUUGCUAGACUUGUUUUGGUGUUGGAGCAACUCAUGGGGACUGGAGGCGGCUGGCAAGAUCAAAUUGGGGGUUUGUACCCGGGGAUUAAGUGCACUUCAAGCUUUCCUGGAAUUCCAUUGAGGCUUCAAGUCAUUCCCCUGUUAGCUUCACCUCAGUUGAUUUCGGAGUUGCAGCAACGGCUGCUUGUAGUAUUUACUGGUCAGGUUCGACUUGCGAAGAAGGUGCUGCAAAACGUGGUAACUAGAUAUCUUCGUCGUGAUAAUCUUCUUGUGUCGAGCAUCAAGCGCCUUGUUGAACUGGCAAAGAUUGGGAGAGAAGCUUUAAUGAACUGUGAUGCAGAUGAGCUUGGUGAGAUAAUGUUGGAAGCUUGGAGACUGCAUCAAGAACUUGACCCAUUUUGUAGCAAUGAGUCAGUUGACAGGCUCUUCUCCUUUGCUGCUCCCUAUUGCUGUGGGUACAAGCUGGUCGGAGCUGGUGGUGGGGGCUUUGCUCUCUUACUGGCCAAACAUGCUGAGGCUGCCAAACAACUCAGGCACAGGCUCCAAACUGAGAAACAGUUUGAUGUGAAAAUCUAUGACUGGAAAAUUUUUCUGUGACACUUGGAUCAGAAUUUAGGGUUUAUGUGAUGAUUAUUUAGGCAGAUUCUUAUACUCUUCUUUGUAUAUUUAAGGGUCAUUGAUAAAUAUGUAUUGAUUACAUUAUCGGUGAUAUGUUCUUGCCAGAUUCUGUAGUACUAUUAUGCAUAUGAAGUUCACUGUAAAUAAAAUUAUAUAUUACCUUC